AUGCUCUCCACCCAGCCAACCCCAUUGCCCAAGAUCGAGGAUGUGAUAGUGAUAGAGGAAGAAUCUGCUGCGAGUUAUGUGAAAUCCGAAGGUGACGACCUGGAAGGAUCUACUGUUGGGCGUACGGAUUUCACAGAAACCGAGCAAAGGAAGAUUCUGCGCAAGAUCGAUUUCCGCCUCCUUCCUAUUUUGGGAGCAAUGUAUGCCAUAUCGCUGAUGGAUCGAACGAAUCUCGGUCUGGCAGCCGUUGCUGGCAUGAAUAGUGAUCUCAAUCUCAUCGGCAACCGAUAUACUAUCAUUAUCAUGGUUUUCUUCGUCAUGUAUAUCAUCUUUGAAAUUCCAAGUAAUCUCAUGCUCUCAAAAGCUGGGCCCGCCAACUGGUUAGCUUUUCUUGGCGUCGCCUUUGGUAGUAUCUUGAUUGGGAUGGGCUUUACAAAAUCGUUCGAGACUAUGGCAAUUUGUCGUGCUCUUCUAGGCGCCACAGAAGCUGGAUUUCUGCCAGGCUGCACCUUCCUCAUUUCUUGUUGGUAUAAACGACUCGGCGCAUUCUGGAUUCUUUCGGUUAUUGUUUCGGGGUUCGCUGCUGUCUUUGCCUACGUCUUGACGCUUUUAAAGGGAAAGCACGGUUUAAAUGGAUGGCAAUGGAUUUUCAUCAUCGAGGGAGCAAUAACUGUUGUUAUUUGCGUCAUAGGCUGGUUUUUAAUAGCCGACUUCCCAGAAAAAGCAAAGUUCCUUACACUAAAGGAACGACAAUAUGCCAUUGAACGGAUCAACGAUGAUCGUGGGGAUGGCGAGCAAGACAAGAUUACCCUGCGACUAGUUAUCCAUCAUCUUGCUGACCCCAAGCUUUACGCCUUUUCUUUCAUGCUGAUGUCGUCGACUCUGCCUGGUUAUGCAUACUCUUACUUUCUUCCAAUCAUCUUCAAGGAGGGCCUUGGAUACUCGACCUCAAAGUCUCAGCUCAUGAGUGCCCCGCCAUAUAUUCUCGCAGCUAUCCUGACUUAUACCUCGUCUUGGCUUGCUGAUAGGUUUCAAAUCCGUGGUCCUGUUAUUGCUUUUCACCAGGCUAUGACGUUCACGGGUAUGCUCAUCACGGCCUUUGCAGAAAGUACGGGUGCUCGGCUCUUUGGGGCAUAUCUAGGCAUUGGCUUUCUUCAAUACUGA